AGUGAGGGCGACGCCGCACGGCCAUCUAUCGAUCAGCAUCGCACCAUCCCCAUUUUCCAUUCCUCUUUCAUGUCUCCCAGAAGUGUCUAGUCAUAGUAACGUCCUUCACCUAUGACAAUCACUGACCAGCAGGGAAAUCUGCAACAAGGCCACGGAACCGCUGCGGUUGCUGCCACCACUGUAUACACGACCGCGGACACGAACAGGAACAGGAACAGGAACGGAACAAGCACGACUGCUGUAACAAACGUCACUAGUACAGGGGGUGCAGUAGGUACAAUAAUUGCGGAUGCAGGAACAGGAUCCUCGGCAGUGGCAUUGACCGUGGACGGAUACAGGAUCCAUCCCUCAGCAUUGGCAACCGUCGCACCGUCUUCUGCACAGAACAUGACCGCCGUCGCAGCAGCGCAGCGCGCAGUAGCGUUAGCUGCAGGGGACUCGACUAACGCCACCACCAACACGACUGCACAGGGGAGCGCUGACGACCCAUCAUCAACGGGGUGCUCCUCGUCCCUAUGCUUUUCGGUCUAUAACAUGUUCUGGAACAUACUGCAGCGACUAAUGCCACUGGGCCUGGCCGUAGUCAUGGGCUACAUCUACUAUGUGUACACUUUCCGUGUCUGCAUCGAUUAUAUCCUCCAUGUGCAGCAACGUAUCAUACAAGCAGCUGUAUACUUAAUCGUCAUCGACACGUUGUCGGCGAUAUUUUUUAUCUCAUAUAUCCGCUGCAUCUUUCAUGGACCAGGAUCUCCGUUAAAGCCGCCACAAAGGAGCCCCUUGGCUCCUAUUCCGCCUACAACAACCCUUUAUCAACCACAGAGAACCCCAAAGUUACUUCCAGUAGAGGGUAUCAGAGCAGUUAGCGGGGGCCACAGCACGAAUUCGCAUCCUUCAGAUACCACACCUUUGCUCCAAUAUACUCCAGCUACGGCUGGCUCCCCUCUCUCUCAAUACCAAGCAACAUCGCAACGCAUCAGUCCUCCGACAACAUCAAUCGCACUUUCGGCCUCGGAGCAAAAGGGAGGGUUGAGUGCCGGCUUGAUGGAGACGUUUGGCGGCAGCAUUAAUGGGAAUGACACAGUCAGGAUUGAGAUAGAACAGUGUACAGGACAGACAAGUCUACAAAGGCACGUGGAGCAGCCCAUUGCGACCCUGAGCAUCGCUAAGCGGGACGGGCGUCGUCGUUGGUGCGAUAUUUGCAAGAUUGGCAAGCCAGACCGCUGCCACCACUGUUCAGAAUGCGACAAGUGCGUGCUCAGGAUGGAUCAUCAUUGCCCGUGGGUCGGAAACUGCAUUGGCUACAACAAUCACAAGUUUUUUUAUCUCUUUAUUCUUUACGCCUCUGUGGUGUCCAUUUGGGUCGUCGCGACCAUGAUCCCGUUCCUUGUGACAGCCAUCCGGCGAUGUGAAUGGAGCAGUCCAUUGAACCAGUCGCAGCAAGAGGAAGGGCAGCAGACACGCUGCGUGUUUGAUAGACACUGGGCAUUUGUAACUUUGGUGGCCUUUCUACUGGCUCUGCUGAUUGUUUCGUUCACUGGAGCCCAUACGGUGUAUAUCUUGCAAAAUCGGACAACAAUUGAGUCGCUGCAGGAUGCAAGGUCGACAUUCGUCAGAGUUCAGUACGCCAAACCAGAUCCAGCACACAUUUCGCCACCCGGAGCAGGAUUCGUCGUAGUCAAGCUGGAGCCCGGUGAGCAUUUAUGGGAUCGUGGCUCUCGGCUAGAGAACUGGAAGAGCAUCAUGGGCCCAUCUUGGUGGCUUUGGUUUCUGCCAUACGGAAACACACCUGGAGACGGGGUCCAUGACGUGUAUAACGACAAGGUGUACAGGAAACUGGUUAGUGUCGCAUUGACACAAACCGCGGCGCAAAAUAGGGGCAUUAGAGGAAGGGUAGCGGCGUUGGUACCUCAACAGGCUGUGGUAGGUGGGAUAGGGUCCAGUCAAUCGACGCUUAUCUUGAGAUCGGUGGAUAACCAGGCAGCAGAUCUGCGAUCGAGCCCAAGGUCGGAGAUGGAGCGAGGCCAAGACCAAGACGCAUCGGGAUAUCAGGAGAGAAUAGAGUCUGCGGUUACGACGCCAUUACCCACCAGUCAUGCAUGGGCACGGCCUCAACAGAGUGAGGAUAGCGAAGUGAGCGUUGGCAGCAUGGGUCGCUCACUACUGACGCCACGGCCAUCAUCGCCUCAACUAGGGCCCGUGGAGUAGCGCGCAUAAACCCAUACGUAUCCAUACGUACCAACACACAGAGGCACAGGACAUUCAUCGAUACACACGCACAGAGGCAUUGCACAUGCGCAUGAACAAUAUUCAUAUUGUAUAUCAUAUAUAUAUCAUAUACAGCAUAUUAUUGCAUGGCACUGGUCACUGUGAUAAAAGACAACGACUCUUACCCUCAACGUGCUUCCUAGUGGAAAAAGAAAAAGUGUAGAUGGCUUCUUCUUUUGGGAGC